AUGACUUUCUACGAAUGUAAAGACAUAAUCGAGGAAGGAGACCUCGUGCUUGCGUUUGUAAGCCGAGGUCUCAUAAAACCCUUUUACGUCACCAAGGGCGAGUUCUUGAAUACCAGGUUUGGUAAUUUCGAGCACGACAGAAUGAUAGGCAUGAAGUACGGAUCCCAGAUGGCUGGCGCAAAGGAUAAGGGCUUUGUCCACCUCCUUCAGCCAACUCCAGAGCUCUGGACAUUGUCGUUGCCCCACAGAACUCAGAUCGUGUACACGCCGGACUCAUCGUACAUUGUGCAAAGACUAGGCAUCACCAGCGGGUCCAGAGUGAUAGAAGCUGGGACUGGAUCGGCAUCUUUCACUCAUGCUUUUGCCCGUACGCUAGGCAGAGACGGAAGACUCUUCACCUACGAAUUCCACGAGCCCCGUUUUCUAGAAGCCAAGAAGGAGUUGGAGGAGCACGGUCUUCUUCAGGUGAAUACUCUUGCUACCCAUAGAGAUGUGUGCCACGAUGGGUUUGAGAUCGAUAACCUCCCAGAACAGUUCAGUGAAAACGGUUCCAUCAAUGCUAAUGCUGUUUUUCUUGAUUUACCGUCCCCGUGGACGGCCAUUCCGCAUUUGUCUAAAGUGGUGUCCCAGACCUCGAGAGUUGGGAUCUGCUGCUUCAGCCCGUGUAUAGAGCAAGUGGACAAAACAAUUGAGGCGCUAGAGGCCAAUGGAUGGACUGGGAUAGAGAUGGCCGAGAUCGCCGGGCGCCGCUACGAGGCCCGCAAGGAGAUGGUCAAGGACCUCUCUGAUGUUGUGAAGAGACUCAAGGAUAUACAGGGCAGGAAGACUCUGGGAAUCGAAAGUAGAAGACUUGCGAGAGUGGGAGAUGGAAAAAGAAACAACGAGCCACAAGGAGGAGUCAAGAGAGAUAUUCGUGAAGUUGAGAGCGAAGAUACAGCGCUGCCCGAGCCAAAGCCCAGAGGCUACAAUCCAUUUGGUAAAGGCAUGAGGAUAAGAGAAGGCGACGAACAGUUCCAGUGGAAGCAGGUGACCAAAGUCGAGCCUGAGAUCAAAACGCAUACUUCGUACCUCACGUUUGCAUAUCUUACUCCGCAGAAGACCACGUAG